UUUCAAUCUCCAGAAUCCUGCUGUUAUCUUUGCUGUGUUGUCCUUAAUCAUCAUGCCUCGAGGUCAGAAGAGUAAGCAAAAUAACCAUGGGAGACGUCACAGAGCUCGAAAUGAUGCUCAGGCUUCUGAAAGUACACAGCAAACAACUGAGGCAACAGAAGAGUCCUCUCCUGAAUCAGGUGGAGCCUCUGCAAUGCCAGAUAACGAAUCAGUUGCUGUCAUAAUUGCUGAUGUCCUUUCUUUCAUUUUAUCAGAUCAAAGUUCCACUGAUGAUCUAGAUGUUGAGGAAAACCUUUUUGGAGUUCACCACUCCAUCAAUGUCCACCAAGAUAUUCUAGCUGGAAAGGUCUUUGUGCUAUUGCAGAUCCUUCUUGAAAAUUACAGAAUGAAGCAGCUUACUACAAUGAAAGAUAUGAUGCAGGUUAUUGGUGAGCAGGAAAUCAACAGCUUCCGUGAGAUCCUCACGAAAACUGCUGAGAGGCUCACAGAUGUCUUUGCAGUUGAACUGAGGGAAGUUGAAUCAAGUGGGCCAGUGUAUGAUCUUAUCAGCAAGCUGAAUCUCCCCAACAAUGGGAGGGUUCGUGCUGGCAAGGGCUUACCCAAGACUGGUUUCCUGAUGACUGUCCUAGGUAUGAUCUUCAUGAGUGGCAACUGUGCCCGUGAAGAAGAUAUCUGGAGAAUGCUGAGAUCUAUGGGUGUGUAUCCGGGUAAGAAGCACCAAAUUUAUGGAGAGCCCCGGAAGCUCAUUACUGAAUAUUUUGUGAAGCUGAAGUACUUGGAAUACCAGCAGGUGGCCAACAGUGAUCCUCCGCUCUAUGAGUUCCGUUGGGGUCCAAAAGCCUAUGCUGAAACCAACAAGAUGACUGUCCUAAAGUUUGUAGCCAAGAUCAAUAAAGUCUCCCCUAGUUUCUUCACAGAUCUUUAUGAAGAGGCUUUAAAAGAGGAGCAAGAGAAGAAUCCAAGCAACCGUAAAGUCAGCUGUGACACUCCUGCCAAAGCUAGUGCAUUUUCCAUGGUGAUAGAUCAAUGGUUUCCUCCCCUGCCCAAGUUUGAAAAUGAUUUAUUUUCCAGAAAAAAAAUAUAG